CCAUCGACCAUCAUCACGCAUCUUUCAUUUAUUCUUCACUUUUCGUCCUCUUUUCACAGGUUCCUUUCAAGUUUCAUCCAGUCUUUUUUUUUUUUGAACUAAUAUUUUGGUUCCCCUUCUGUCUCUGUUUCUGUUGUGGUACACGUGUAUCGUAUAUAGAAGUAUAUAGAAGCCUCUUUGACGAGAGAUAGAGAGAGAGAGAGAGAGAGUCUUGGGUCUUCAUCGUCUUAGCCUUUGUUGACGAUUCUUGGGGUGACUUCCAUUGCCAUUUUCCCUUGUUUCUCUCUUGUGGGUAACAAUAAUCAUCGUCGUCUAAGGCUCUUGAGACUCAAAGAAUGGAGACGAUUCAAAAACCAAAGACGAAGAUCGUCUGCACUUUGGGACCGGCAUCGAGGUCGGUGCCCAUGCUGGAGAAACUGCUGACGGCCGGCAUGAAUGUCGCUCGCUUCAACUUCUCUCACGGAUCUCACGAAUAUCACCAGGAAACCCUCGACAACCUCAGGACCGCCAUGGAAAGCACCGGUAUUCUCUGUGCUGUCAUGCUUGACACCAAGGGUCCAGAGAUCCGAACUGGAUUUCUCAAGGAUAGCAAACCGAUCCAGCUAAAACAGGGUCAAGAAAUCACCAUAUCUACUGAUUAUAGCAUAAAGGGUGAUGAGAAGAUGAUUUGCAUGAGCUACAAGAAGUUGGCUGAGGAUGUAAAGCCAGGAAUGGUGAUACUUUGUGCAGAUGGCACUAUCUCGUUUGCAGUUCUAUCUUGUGACAAAAAAUUGGGUUUGGUUCGAUGCCGCUGUGAAAACUCCGCAGUUCUUGGUGAGAGAAAAAAUGUUAAUCUUCCAGGGGUUGUAGUGGAUCUCCCAACUUUAACAGAUAAAGACAAGGAGGACAUCUUGCAGUGGGGAGUUCCCAACAAGAUUGACAUGAUUGCUUUAUCUUUUGUUCGAAAAGGGUCAGACCUUGUGCAGGUCCGGAAGGUGCUUGGGGAACAUGCUAAGAACAUACUUCUCAUGUCAAAGGUUGAAAAUCAAGAAGGGGUAGCAAAUUUUGACGACAUCCUUGCAAAUUCUGAUGCAUUUAUGGUAGCACGUGGUGACCUUGGAAUGGAAAUCCCAAUUGAAAAGAUAUUUCUUGCACAGAAAGUGAUGAUUUACAAGUGCAACAUCCAAGGAAAACCAGUGGUGACUGCAACCCAGAUGUUGGAGUCAAUGAUCAAAUCUCCCCGGCCAACUAGAGCUGAAGCUACUGAUGUUGCCAAUGCUGUUCUUGAUGGCACAGACUGUGUGAUGCUGAGUGGUGAAACAGCUGCUGGAGCUUAUCCAGAACUUGCAGUUCAGACAAUGGCCAAAAUAUGUGUAGAAGCAGAAAGCACCCUUGAUUAUGGAGAUGUCUUCAAAAGACUUAUGAAGCACUCGCCAGUGCCCAUGAGCCCAUUAGAGAGCCUGGCAUCUUCUGCUGUCAAAACAGCCAACUCUGCAAAAGCAGCACUUAUAUUGGUCCUAACUAGAGGAGGAAGCACUGCAAAACUGGUGGCCAAGUAUAGGCCAGGCAUGCCUAUACUGUCUGUGGUCGUCCCAGAGAUUAAAAAGACCGAUUCUUUUGACUGGUCGUGCAGUGAUGAAGCUCCGGCAAGGCAUAGCCUAAUUUUCCGUGGGUUGGUCCCGGUUCUGAGUGCUGGAUCUGCUAGGGCUUCUGAUGCUGAGACAACGGAAGAAGCAUUGGUGUUUGCCAUGCAGCUUGCCAAGACAAAGGGUCUCUGCAAAAAUGGAGAUUCUGUGGUAGCUUUGCACAAAGUUGAUAAUGCAUCUGUUAUCAAGAUCUUGACCGUCAAGUGAUGAUCUUUUUCAUGAUUGUUUUUUUUUUUGUCUCGCUCUUUAUGUCUUCUGUUUUCCCUUUUUGCCUCUUGUUGGGAGGGGUUAGUAUCAAGAUGAGCGAAUGAUGAUGCUUCUAGUUUUGCUAUCUUGUUUUUGUUUCUGGAGGCAGAAACCUUUACCUACUAUUAAUAAUUAACUGUGUUUUGACGAGACAAAUGCAUUGGGAUUAUAUUUCCAAAUGUUUGAUCAUCUGACCGACUUAAUAGAACUCUGUUUUUGUUAUUAGCUA